AUGGCCAAAUACCCUUCUCCUCUCAUUGGAUAUGAGAAUGCCCCGCUUCUGCCGACCGGCACUAACCCAGACGGCAAAUCGCUGACGAACGACAUACAGAAGGACGAGCAGGGCAAGCCAGUGCUCAGCAAGGCUUACGACGAGUUUGUGGACCCAAUUGAUAAGAAUAACAAUGGGUUCGACUUUCACAUUUAUUAUAUGCAGAAUGCCCCGGACGAGAUUGAGUACGCCAGAAAGCUGCACGAAAGAAUCAGAAGAGAAUUUCCCGAGAUGAGAAUCUAUCGAUUCUGGGAGCGACCUGUAGGGCCUCAUCCUGUCCCAAUGUUUGAAGUGAAUACUUUUACGCCUCACAUGACGGGGACAUUAUUCUCCUGGCUAGCGGUGAACCGUGGACCUUGUUCUGUCCUCAUCCAUCCCAAUACUGGAGACGAGUAUCGUGACCAUACGGAGCUUGUGACGUGGAUGGGUAGGCCCUGGCCUUUGAAUACCGAUCUGUUGAACCGCCACUAA